AUUUUAUUGACUGACAACCAGAAAACAAUAUGGCUGGUUUUCCAACAUCCAUCAUCCUCACCUCUCUCCUCUGCCAGAUCACAGUGACAGUGGCCUUUGGAACACUGAAGGAGCUGGCUGGUGCCAUUGAUGGAUCUGUGACCUUCACUCUGAAUAUCACGGUAAAGCAGGUUGACAGUAUUGUCUGGACCUUCAAGACACUCUCUCUUGUCACCAUACAACCAUCUAAGAACAGGAAACAAGAUAAUGUUAUAGUGGCCCAAAAUCGUAACAAAGAAAGAAUAGCCUUUUCAGAAGGAGACUACUCCUUGAAACUCAGCCAACUGAAGAAGAAUGACUCGGGUGUCUACCGUGUGGAGAUAUACAGUACCUCCUCUCAGUCUCCCUUCACCCAGGAGUAUGUGCUGCAUGUCUAUGAGUAUCUAUCAAAGCCCAAAGUCACCAGGGGUCUGCAGAACAAUAAGAAUGGCACCUGCAUAACCAACCUGACAUGCUCCAUAGAACAGGGAGGAGAGAACGUGACUUACAGCUGGAGGGUCAUGGGGCAGGCAGCCAAUGAGUCUCAUGAUGGCUCCUUCCUCCCCAUCUCCUGGAGAUUGGGAGAGACAGACAUGACCUUCAUCUGCACUGCCAGGAAUCCCAUCAGCAACAGUUCCUCAAGUCCCAUCCUUUCCUGGGAGCUCUGUGAAGGUGCUGCCAAUGACCCGAAAUUCUCGGUGGUCUUCACGGUCGUAUUGCUGACUGUCUUGUUCACUGUCAUUGUACUACUACUGACGGUUGCUUUUAUUGUCCGCACAGAAAAAAGGAAAGAAAAGGAAUCCAGUGGAAGAUGCAGCAAACACACUUUAUUCCACUGUGCAGAUACCCAAAGUGGUGAAGAGUCCCAGCAACCUGCCUGCAACGCCAGACACAUCAAGGUCAUUAAGCUUCGAGAAUGUCCUCUAGACAGCUACAUUCCCCCAAGUCUCACUCCAAAGAAACUCGAAGAUUUCACUGUUCUGGGCAGAAAUGCCAACUUCUGUUAUACCUGAAUGUAAAUGUCCCCCACAGGCCCCAUGUGUUUCAAUGCAAAUAAUGAUGGCCAUAUUCAAGUGAUUUCAGAGAACAGUGACUAUUGGGGGCUUCUCUAGGGGGCAUUCACAUUACAUUCCAGCAAAGAAAGUGGUUAUAAUCUGCCUGUGUCCUGAAAUUUCGAAUGAGGCUGAAUUCAUAUGCAAUAGACUAAUUUGAUUGGAGAAGAAAAUUUCAAGACCACGUAACACCUAGGCUGCGGCAUGACCAUUACUCACUGCUUUUAUUCAUGUUUAUAAUGAGAACUCAAAGAACAAAAAGGGGGGUGGGAACAGGAAGAUGUAGAAAACACACAUGCCGUUUGAUGAGGAACAUAUGUGCACUUAAAGCUUCAGGAAAAAAAGUGGGGUAUGGACAAAGGUAGCUGUAAUUGCUAAAGAGAUGAGCUUCAUUAAAGAGUAACAUCAGACCUUGCCCUGGGACAAUGGAAAAGGGGCGUUGAGAGCAAGGGCCUACCCAUCAAAGACUUCAAGAUAUAAAACUGAAAAUGCAAUUGAAAAUUUCAUCUAAAAGGAAGGAAUACCUGAAGAAAGAAUGAACAGAGUGUCCUACUCAAACACAGCAGACUAAGAAAGUGUUUCUCCAGACUCAACUGCACAGGUACUCAGAGGCUGCUGAAGCCCUCCCUGGUCCAAGGGGGCUUGGCUAUAUUUGUACUGACAGCAAAACUCAGCAACAUCCAUAUGGUGAUAGCUUUUCAAGCAUGCAGAAUGUAAGAAUUAGGAGGGCAUCGAGGCUUACACAAAGGGUUUUUUGUGUUUUUUUUUUUAAGUCAGGAAUUGUAUAUCAAAGUUAGAUUCUCUGAGUGGACUGCUGAGUGAGCUAUUACAAAGCUGUGAAGAUGAAGCCUAAGUUACAGUGGUGACCCCAGGAUUCUGGAGAUAUCAGGAACAUGAGGCAUCUGCUGAGAAAAAUUGUGAAUACCAAGUACAGCCUGCCCAAGAGAGAUUCCAUAUGUACUGCAGGUGACAGGACCAUAGAGACAGUCUUCCACAAGCCCAUUGGAGCUUACAUCCAGAAUGUCAGAUACGAAGCUUCAGGAUGAACACUUUGGUCUGGCUUUGGGCUAAUCUUUCUUUGAUAGGAUCCCAUUUCUCCCUUUUACAAUGUGAAUGUUUAUUCUUUAUCAUCGUGUAUUGGAAAUAUUCAGCCUUUUUAUUUUCUAGGGCUCGCAGCUAAGAGUUUGCCUUAAGUUUCAUAAAAGACAAUGGAUUUUGAACUUUUGAAUAGUGUUGGGACUGUUGAGACUGGGGCCUCUUGAAGCUGGACUGAAUGCAGUGCACAUUAUAAGGUAACCAUAAGCCCAUGAGGACCAGGGUAAGCAUGUCACGGUCAGGAUGUAAAACACCCGCCACCUUCGGGCUCAUGUGUUUGAACACUUGCUCAUUAGCUGGUGGUGUUAUUUGGGGAAACUGUGGAACCUUUAGCAGAUAGAGUCUACCUGAAGGAACUGAGUCACUAAGAGGCAGACCUUAAAGGUGAUAUUCACUUCUGGCUCUGGGCUGAGACCUGUGCUUCCACCUCAAGCUCUCCAAGCUUCACAUCUGCACCAAGAUGUAAAAAAAGCAGUAGUUGUGAACUCCCUCCACCACAGGCCAAGUCACUGCAUCUGCCACGCCUUCCCUACCAUGAUAGACUUUAACUUCUGGAAUGUGAAUCAAACCUCUCCUCCCUUAUGUUGUUUCUGUCGGGAUUUUGUCCCUGCAACAAGAAAAGUAACCAAUACAACUCCCUUCCAGAAUAAGCCAUCCUUUAUGCCUGUUUGGUCUUACAAGAUCACCAUCCUACCCACUUCCCAGACCUUUCCUCAAACCCAGAAUCUGUACCCCUUCCUGGAAAUGUGAUUGUGAAUUUGUCAAUCAGUCCUAAGAAAAAGGCUAAGAAAUGCCUUUAUUGGGGCUGGAUGGAGAGAUGGCUCAGUGGUUAAGAACACUGGCUGUUCUUACAGAAGACCCGGGUUCGAAUCCCAGCACCCACAUGGCAGCUAACAACUGUCUGUACCUCCAGUUCCAGGGCAUCCGACGGCCUCUUCUGUCCUCCACAGGCAUUGCAUGACACAGGUGCACUUACCUA